AAAAUGGAGAGAUCACCGCAGAGAAGAAGUUUUGAGGAGACUAAGAAGAGAUACAGCAGCUUGAAGAAGCAGAGACCUUUGGGGAUAAUAACAAGAGUGGCAGGGCUUCAGUGAGAUACAAGACUCCAUUGAACAGACCAAAGAAAAAUGAUCAAAUAAAUAAUACUCUUCAAACAAAAGUCCCAAACUCGAGAGGAGAUCAUCAUUAUCACAAACCCGAAGUUAAAUCAAACCAAGAAAUGUUUAGAAUCACAAAGCAAAAGACAAAGAGAAAGCCUAGUAGCAAUAAAUCCUUUUGUAAAAGUUUUAAUAAGCCAGCUAUAACUAAAAAUAUGAUGUACUCUCGCAGAUUGAAAGGAAUCUUUAAUUCUUAUCUUAAGAAUCCUAAGAACAUUGGUCAUUCCACUUCCUAUGGCCUUCAAGGAAAUUCAGCACAAAGAGACUGUAAGUCACUACUCCUAAUAAAUCUGAGCAUCUUGUCCAAACUUAUUGGAACCCUAGUACAACUCCACAUGGAAGGGGAAGAUCGAAGACCUAAAACAAAACAAAAUCAAAGCAUACUCAAUUUUAUACAGAUAAAUGAAUCUAUAAGACUCUCAAAAGCCCAGCAGAGUAUCAACAGAGAGGCUAAAUUACUGAAACAAAUAAAUCAACUUAAAAGUAAAAACAAGGACCUGCAUGAAAAGCUUGCUACAGAGAAAGAGAAGUACGAGAGUGUGAAAAACAUUCUGAAACUAGUCUGUCAGACUCUCCUUCCUAACAACCCCCCUGAGGACUGAGACCAGUCUAUCCACACUGAGAGUGACUGCGAAGUUGAAGAGCAUAAAAACGACACCCAAAAUCUUUUCCAUAAGGAAUCCUACCAAGGAGACCAAGGUCGUACUAAGACCAAAGGAGACUACCGCGUCAGAGAGGAUGUAAUUAAGAUAAUUCUUGAUGAAUUCAGUCAGUAUUUCUGUAACAGUAAAAUUCUUAUGAUCAAAAUAAAUGAGAAACAUCCUGAAUUAAAGCUAAGUGCGAAUCAGUUGAAACUUAGCAAAGAGGCGAUAAGGAAGAGGACUGGGAAGUUUAUGAAGAAGAAAAAGGAGAAUUUGAAUGAAGAGGAUAAGAUUGAUAUUGAUCCUUUGGAGGGACAGCAAGAUGGGAUUAAUAUACCAAACAAUCAAGGACAGAAUAGACCAAUCGAACUGCCUUCAUCUGAUUUUUCAGAACAGCUCUCGAGAGGCAACACUGGCUCACAGAACAGCAAUCUUGGUGUUCCUGUUCCUCAGAAUGAGCAAAUGAGAAGAUUAGAACAGCAAUACACUGUGAAAGAUAAUGAUACCGGACAAGCGAUUGAAUUCAAGAGUUUAAUACAAAGAGUAUUAACCGUUGUUUCGAAUGUCAAUUCAAACAGGUCAGAAAACCUCUCAUCUCAAAAUAAAGAAAAUUCAGAACAAAGCUACAAGAGAAAGAUCAGAGAAAACCCCAAUAUCAAUAAAAAAGAGACUAUAAAAUCAGACGAAAGACAAAAAGCCGACAGACACCUUAGAAGAUAAUAAUCCCACUUAACC